AUGAUGGACGAAGAAUCAGCAACAGAGAAUAGAAAGGCAAAAUGCAAAGACAACGCCGCAAACACAACAGCACGUAGCGAAUACACACAAAAUUACAACGAAUGUCAAGUGAUGAAGAAUUCUCAUUUAAAAAAAAAAAGAGAAAGCUUUUUCCAAAAAAUUAAUAUAUUGCAAAAAUUUAAAAAUUACAAAAAAAAAAAUGCCACCGGUACAUUUCACGCUGGUCAUAACGCAAGCUCUGCAUCAGCUAAUGAUGAAGACAGGGAGGAAGAAACGAACAACUUAAACAAAAAGGGAAGUAGUGGUCAUGUGGACUACACAAAAAUGUACACCAAUUUGAAGAAGAACAAAAGCUACAACAUAAAAGACGAAAUAAACAGCUUGAAGCACAAGGCUCAAAUGCUGCGAAAUAACAUUUAUUUUAAUGGGAAAAAAAAAGCAGAUAAAGGAAAGCUAAUCCAUAAAAAUAUUAACUGCAGUAGUGAAAUUAUUCGUAAUGCAGACGAGAGAGAUUCUUCUUCCGGUGAGGCAAACUCGCUAUUAACAAAUUUUAAAAUGAAAAGCAACAAAUUGAAAUGUGAUGAAGAGUACUCAGUGGAGCAAAUGGGAAACUCGAGUAGGGCGCAGAAGGUGGAAAGAGAGUACGUCUUCGAUAGGAGCUCGGACGUCGAAGUAUGGGACGAGGGUGUUUUAAGUGACGAGGUGAGAAGUGUCCGCGGGAACAACACCGACGAGCAAGAGGGACUCAACUCCAACAGCAAUGUGAUAGAUUUUGACGAAUACGCGUACGAGGAGAAGAGGGAAGACGAGGCCUAUUUCGCUGAAUCCAGCGGGGCGGAAAGUGUAACUAGUCAGGGGAAAGUUGCCCCAAACGUUGGCGCAAGCGGUGAACGAGUUGAUCGGGAUGAACGAGUUGAACACGGUGAACCAGUUGAACGGGAUGAACGCGGGGGACGCAUCAAACGCGGUGGUUGCCACAAGGGUGAUCCCAAUAUGGAUCGCAGCGUAUGGCACACCCAGGGGGAGCCAAAACGAACAAGUGAAUUCUCCUUCUCAAGAAGAAAAGUCGAACUGGUGAGAAAAGUGCAAUCAAACAUAAACGAUAACGUGAGGACGAUUAAUAACUACGUUCUGUAUAGUAACAAUAUGGGGGGUGCCAAUUUAAAGGCCCUUAAAAGAACGGAAGCAACAACUACCCAAGAGGGGGGGAAAUUAACUAGCAAAGAAAUAAUAACUACCACUCAGUAUGAUAAACACACGACGAAUGAAGACAUACACAAGAGGUACACUAUAUCGAAAGGACACAACGAUGACCAUCACGAACGAGGGAAGAACGUAUUAAAAUGUAUUCCCAUCGAUAGGGAAGAAAAUCUGGCACAAAAGGAUAUCAUAAUAAAGUUAAUGUAUAACAAUAAUGGGAUUUAUUUUAACCAGGAUGAAAAUGGUACAGGGGGCGUUCCUUCAAGACGUGCCAGCACGGCUAAGGUCCCGUCAUACGAUAAAGUAAAUCCCCGUGUGUAUGAAAGUAAAUCUGUAAACGUAAACAGAAGUGGAAGCACAAAUUUGCAUCCCAUUCGGCAGCAAGUUACAUAUGAGAAGGUGACGAAUCAGACAAAUGGGAAUAAUGAAUUUGUUAACCCCAAGGAAGAAACGGAUGACCCACACCUUCGGAACAAUAACAUUAGUUUGCUACCCCCACAGGGGGGCAAAAACUACACCAACGAGUUGCAAAAAACGUACAGAGCGUUGUAUGAUAUAUAUGAAGGCUCAUGUGAAGGCUCAUAUGCAGGUGGUGUGCAAUACAAGGCACAUCCAAUGACAGACGGCAGGAUGAACGUGCUGCACCGCUCGUUCAGUCGAAGUGUGGACGGCAACACAGGAGUGAGCUCCUCGGUGCAAAGUAGGGGCAUUCCCCUGAAUAACAAAAUUGAUGGGAGCAGAAUAUAUAUGUGUCCCCUAAAUAGAAGCAAGUCCAUGAAUAAAGAAAAUGCACCCCCCUUUGAGCAUAUUCAAAAGGAAGCCUCCAAUUUGAGCGUUAAAGCUACCCACCAUGGUUACCUAAAUAAGGCUAGUUUGUAUGAUACACAUUUUAAUACGCUUCAUUUGAUGGAAAAGAGAAGAGAAUCCACGUUCAGGGGAAGAGGCAAUGGUAACUUCCUCAGCACGAGUGGAAUUGCAAACCGUUAUAAUAGCCCCAUUAAAAAUAUGUACACCUUAAUGGAUCACAAUUUUGUGAGAGGGAGGUACUACCCCCGCCAGGAAUGUCUCGCCAGUAAGUUUAAGGGCAGAAGCUACACCUUUUGUAAAGAGAACCAAGGGAGUAGCGGCUCCCCAGUGGGGGGGCAGCAAAGUGGCAUCAUGAAAAAGUCCUGUACAUUUCAUGGGUACCAGAAGGGCGCUCACAAGGAUGGACAACCACGUGGGUACCGAGGAGCCCCCCCUACGAUGACCCCUGUGGUGACCCCUAUGAUGACCCCUGCGGUGACCCCUAUGAUGACCCCUGUGGUGACCCCUAUGAUGACCCCUGUGAUAACCCCUAUGGUAUCCCCCGUGAUGACUCCUGUGAUGACCCCUAUGGCAACAGGCGUGGAAAACCCCAUAACCAUCCCCGUAGCAACCCCCAAGGCGCACACAUUGAACAACUGCAGAACGUCCUGCCUCGACGUCGGCGGAAAACCCCACCCGCGGAUGAACCAAAAGUGCAGCGCAAAUAAUGCGGCAAAUAGCUUAGCCCAAAAUGGGAAUCCUGUUAAGUGCCCCCAAGGGAACCCAACUAAUGUAGGAAGUUUCUUUUCAAGCAAAAGGGUUGCCAAUAACUGGAGGCAAAACGGCACCACUGUUGGACAAGCCGAACAGUGUAUGACAUACGGAGAAGGGAAACCAAAUGACAGCAGAAACGACUACAUGAGUAGCAACUUCUACACCCCGGUGGAGAGUUUAAAAAAUGAAAAAUUGAGAAGACUACAGAGCUAUUCAUCCAAGUCGAAGGCGCCUGUGUGCCUCUCAAAAAGCCAAGGGCAUGGGGCAAUACAGCCAAACAUGCUCGACGGGGACAACAACGGUGGUGUGAUGAAACGGGCAAAGAGUUUAAACCCAGCGAGGUCUUCUUAUGCCCACCCCGGAGCGUUGGACAUAUAUCAAGAGUGCUACUUACAAAAUGGAGGAGCACAUGGGGAUGUAAAUGGAAACAGAAAUGAUAACAAUAUGGGAGGAGGUCAUAACUAUAUGCACAGCGGCAGAGUAGACGAUGCACAGCCGCGUGACACCAGUAGCAGUGCUGGUAGCUCCUCCGUUAAAAAAAUUUUAGCGCACGAUGGGAUAGACCCCCCCUUCAUUGGCCGCCAUAACAGUGUUAAUGGUGGUGGUAAAGCACCCCUGGGUAGCUGCCAAUUAAGGGAAAACAAGCAAACCUUUUUUAGAAGCAGCUCGUCGAAUGAAACCAUUCGUGAGAAUUACCCAAUUGAGGAUCCCAAGCUUUUGGGAAAGGACAAAAAGAUGGACCAUCCCCCAGUUAGCCAUUCAAAUAACGAUGACGAUAUUGAGCUUUAUGCUGUCAGUUUGGAGCAGGACGGGGAAAACAGUGUGUGUGAGAUGGGGCAUGAAAAUGGGGAAGUUAUUAAUUUGGAUAAAGACCAAUAUGCGGAUUUCACAAAUGAGGAGACUCACCAAAAGAAUGAAAAAAGCGGUCAUCAGAGUAGCACUGAAAAGGUGGUUAGUUGUGAUGGGAACUGGGACACUCCAUCGAUUUAUUUCACGCAUGAGGGGGAAGAGCCCUUAUGGACUGCCCACAACCCUAAUGUAGAAAAUAAUCCCCUUGAGGAUGAAUACAACUGCGAGAAUGGCACUAACAGUUCGGAUUUGAUAGAGGAGAUGAGACCAGACAAGAAGAACAAAAUCAAACCCACUUCUAAAAGUACAAGCAGUCGCCACGGAAGCGAAACUGCAAAACAUUUUAACAUAGUAAACACUGUGGAGGAAUCUGUUCAGGAAUCUGUGCAGGUUAAUUACAACAUCGGGGAAAAUAAAAUUAACUACAAAAAGGAAAGCAUCGUAAGUUCCAGCAACGCGGUAUGCAUUGUGAACAAAUUAGAAGAUGAAGCGAUGAAAAUGAGGACGAGGAAAAGGGUUGGACAAAUGAAAAAUAAAAAUAAAAAUCCCAGAGGCGGUGAAGCUUACUCCAGUACAUCCAUUCAGCGGGAAGACUGUAACUUUGUGGGGUCUUUUUCGAGUAGAUCCGUUCCACUGUGGCCAGACUGCAACUUCGUGGGGUCCUUUUCCAGCAUGUCCAUCAAAAGGGAAAACUGUAGUAUUGAAAAGCGUUACGCAUACUUGGGUGAGCCCCCCUCGGAUGGGAAUGGAGCUCCGCGGGUUGGGAGCUUCUCCAGAAGGGCAGCUAGCGCAAGGGACAGUGUGAAGAAGAUGAAAAAAAUAAAAAAAAAUGGAAAUUUUUCGGAGGGUAAGCAAGAAAAAAAGGCUACUGCAAUUUCGUCCACCCGCGUGCAGCUUAAGAAAAACGAAAGUGCAGAAAAGAAAAAGAAAAAAAAAAGAAAAAACACGUGUACGAAGCGGAGAAGCGAAUCAGCCAUCGGUUCAGCCGUCGACGUAGCCAGCACAGGGGAGGAAAAUUCAAGCGAAAGGAGGGAACCCCUCUGGGGCCCCAAAAAGGAUACGGAAAAGGGAAACUCAGUUAACUCCCAUAUCAAGAGCAACCGAAUGAUGCCGCACAUGGAGAGUGCAAACAGUAACGCCAUGUCGAAGGAAAAAAUGUAUGAUGAAAAGGGGAAUUCACUAAAUAGCGAAAGGGAUAUAUACAUCUCACACAAAACAGACAUGGCACAAACAUCGCCAAAAGAUACCUUCUACGAACAAAUUAAACAAAUGAAUCAUAUAUUAAGUAAUAAAAACAAUAGCCAUUUUUUAAAUCGAAUAAAUUUAAACCAUUUAAUAACAAUUGAAAAAACAUUUAUCAAUACCAAUGUGUAUAUUAACAAACAAGUAAUUAGCCUUAGCACCAGGAGUACCAAGGGGGGGACGAGCAAAAGGGGAAGGAGCCCAAGUCCACAUGAUGGCAUUCUCUAUGAUGACAAUUUCAGCAUCGUUUAUUUAGAACAAGAUAUUAUUUACCUAAAGAAAAUUUUUUUAAAAAAAAUUCUGUCCAUAUUAUUAAGUCACGCGUCUUCAUUUAGAGAAAUCAAAAUAACCAUUCUGUUGUUAUAUUUUUUUGUUUCCUUGGAGGAAGGUAGGGUUAUAUCUCCUAGUGUCUAUCCCCUCAGCCUAAUUAAUUCUUUAAUACAAAAGUUCAAUUUGAAAGUACGCAAGAAGUUAAAAGGGGGUGGUGAAAUUGAAGAUGUCCCGCCUACCAGUUUUGCUCCCGCGUCUACAGAUGGUUACUACCACAACGUGGGCACACAGAGCGAUGCAUCGAAAAAGGGGCCCUUUGACUGCCUCUUCAUUUGCGAUGGGAAGAACUACCUAUGCGUGAAUGACAACUCGCUGCCCGGGAAAACGUACAGAACCAGAAUUAGGCUGAACAACCUCAUCGGCUACUAUCACUACAUUAACUUAAACAGGUUGACGUACUAUCUGGAGCGGGCCAGCCGCGCUUGCGGCAGGGCGGCAAAAUAA